UCCUAGCUUUCAUCCGAGGGAGGUCGUAGAGGUACUGGAGCAGUUCCUGCGGGAGGGCCGGAUUUCAGCUCUGAUGUGGGAGGUCUGUCAGCAGCAAGCGCAGGCUGGCUCACCUGAGCUGCACGAGGCCCUGCUCAACAAGAUUGUGUGUUUGCCUGAUCACGUGAGCAACAAACUCCAGGGGAAAAACCCACCAGUGUUCUUCCCACAGAACUACUUUCCUCUCUUGGGUGGUGCAAUUAUCCAGGUGCUGCAGAAGAUCUCUGAUUCUCUAAGAGGUGGCUUGGAUUGCUCGAUCUCUUUUGUUUCCCAUAUCCUGGGGAAGGUGUGCGUUCAUGGGAGACAAAAGGAAAUUCUGAGCAUUUUGGUACCCCGUCUAAUCGAUCUCACCAAGUCAGACUGCAUUUGGCAAAGAAUAUGCUGGCGAUUGGUUGAGUGUGUGCCAGACCGCUGGAUGGAAGCCGUGGUCCUUGGUUUUGUGCAGAGAACACCCGGGGCAGAUGUCUUGUCUAGGUUGCUGGGGAACCUGGUUGUGAAAAACAAGAAAGCUCAGUUUGUUGUGACACAGAAGCUGCUGCUCUUGCAGUAUGGCCACACGACUGCAGUGCUACAGAACCUCCUUGGCUAUCUGUCCCUGGAUGGCCUGCGGCGUGCCUUAUUGAUCAAAGUGCUGCAGGAACUGUUGGAGACCUGGGGCAGCAGCAGUGCUGUGAAACACUCUCCACCUGAGCAGCAGCAGUAUAUUAGCAAGGCUAUUCUCAUCUGCCUCUCCCACCUGAAGGAGCCUGAAAUUGAGACCUGCAGACAAGAGCUUCUCACAAGCAUGAUGGAGGGCGUGAAGUGCCACUUGGACAGCAAUCUGCCACAAAUACGGCGUCUGGGAAUGAUUGUGGCAGAGAGCAUUAGUUCAAAAAUAAACACUGAUGGGCCUGUCCUGAAGUUUCAGUAUGAAGAAGAUGAUGAAGCAAGAGAAUUGAAGUCCCUUCUGGUGCAGACUCCGCCAUUCUGUGUUGUCCCCAGCCUUCCAGAUGAUGACAGGAAUGAGAAAGCAGAUGCCGCUGUGCCACUGGUGUUGGAAAGUAACAAGAAAUCACAUACAGCAGCCCCUGUGACACCAGAUGAGGAAUCGGAUGCUGAGCUGGACAGUGAUGAUGACCUCAUCCCUUAUGACAUGUCAGAGGAUAAAGAACUAAAGACUAAGGCUCCUGUGUAUAUCCGAGACUGUAUUGAAGUCCUGACAGGAUCUGAAGAUGUGGACAAGUGGGAAGCUACAGUCAAGGCUCUUGAGGGCUUGGUUCGAAAGAAUCCAGCAGCAACAAAAGAGGUUAGUGUGGAGCUGGCAAAAAUAUUAUUGCAUCUAGAGGAGAAGACCUGUAUUGAAGGCUUUGUGGAGCUCCGUCAGAGAGCUCAAGUAGCUGUUUUAACCACAGAUCCAAUACCUGUAGCAAAGUACUUGACCUCCCAGUUCUACUCUCUGAACUACAGUCUUCGUCAGCGCAUGGACAUUCUCGAUGUAUUGGUUUUGGCAGCUCAGGAACUGUCCUAUCCCAAAUCCCAUGGGAAGACCAAGCAUUCUGGUGCCCAAAAACCUUGUAUCCAGCUCCUUCCUGGAAGUGACAGCUCUAAGGACUGGAGAAGAAUUGUUGAUGAGAGGAUCAAAAGCAAGACUCGGAGAUUUGCUACGGGUCAAUCUCAAGUGGAACUGGUUUCCAGCCCAAAUGAGUUCAGUUCUGUUGCUGGACACUUCUUUUUUCCAUUGAUUCAGCACUUUGACAGGCCUUUGACAACCUUUGAUCUCCUGGGGGAAGAUCACUUUGUCCUUGGAAGACUGGUCCACAGUUUAGCAGUCCUGAUGUACUUGGCUGUCAACACUGUGGCAGUUACUGCCAUGGGAAAGGUGCUGCUGGAGUUUGUUUGGGCUCUGCGUUUCCACACUGACUCGUAUGUGCGCCAAGGUCUUUUGUCCUGUAUCUCCUCCAUGCUCCUCAGUGUCCCUACGGAGCGUCUUCUGGAAGACAUGACAGAAGAGCUUUUGGAGACUCAGUCCUGGCUCGGAGAUGUGGUAGAGAAAGAUCCAGAUGGGGACUGCAGGAGGCUGGCCUUGCAGAACUUGCUACUAAUGGAAAACCUGAAAAAGAAACUCAGAACUGUCCCUUCCUAGCUGAAGGGUAAAAGAAAUGACCUUUACCUCACACUCUUGCCAGCUGGAUGUGUGUAGGCACUGCUGGGGCCUCUUCAGCAGUCACCUGGCUGGAGAAGAGGAAGAAGGGGGAAGGGUGCAGAGCUGUAAGCCAGCAAACCUGACUUGACAUCUGGACUUUGUAGUGGAGGCCAAUUUGGUGAGCUAUUGCUAUCCGGUACGGAGUGUACAGAUGCAGGAAGGUAGGCUAGCACUGCCAUCCUCCCCACACCUCCCCAGCCCCCACCCCCGGCUAUUUAUAACCUUGGCAGGUUCGAGCGCUCUGCUAAAAAUAUAGGGAAGAUCUCAUAGCAGACUUCUUGUCAGAAAAACAGGAGGGCUGGAGAAGGCCACUUACCUCCCAGGGCUAAGUCUAUGACAUGCCUGUAACAAAGGCUCCCGUGUCUUCUAGCAG